GUUAACGCUAAUGUUCCCUGGCGAAUGUUUGCGGAAGUUGAAGCUUGAACAAAUAACAGUUCAAUUAAUAAUCUCUGUUGUAUGCGAGAUACACUCAACUUUUUCAAUUAUCUCGUUAUCUGCGUCGUUGGUUUACAAUGAAUGUGUCAAAAAUCAGCAACACACAUUGACGAGUAUUUAGUUAUUUAUUCUGCCCUCCCAAAACAACUGGAAACACGUGAGCUGUCCUACUACGUCGUCGUCAGCUGAGACAGGCGACAUGGCGACUUCAGCGGGCUUCAAGGUUCUGUAUGAGCAUGAUGGAGUUUUUAUACACACCAACCCAGAAAGGAGUGAGGAGCAGGAUUCUCUGACUUCAGGAUCCCUGCGUGUCCUGGACCAGGAUGGAGACAUCGUGCUGGAAUAUAAACCCGUGGAAGAUGUUGACCACUCUGCCAUGCUGUGUGCUGCCAAGGAGUCUAGUUCUGUGUUUGAAUGGGGCCAGCGGCACCAGGGUCCGAGCCAAGACCCAGGAGACGAGCCUACCAGGCAGGGGGAGCACCAGCUGAGCUGUGAGACAGAAUGGGACAUGGUUCACACUGUUCAGUUCAGGAAGAAACCCAGCAACCAUGAAGGUGCUCCUCCUCAACCCGCUCCCAUCCCAGAGAAGAGUAAGGGUUCCCGGCUGUUCUUCCGUCUCAGUGACCUGGCCUCGGUCAGGGUGAAGGAGGAGGGCUGGUCCUACCUGGUGUUCACCCUCAGAGACCACAACAUGGGGGUUGAGCUGCCUGCCCUACACUUUCACCAGGGAGGUAGUGACGUCUUCCUGGACUGUCUCAGGAAGUACAUGCUGUUGACAGAGUCUACCACAGAUGCCUCCCUCCUCCAGGUCAGCCCCCACAGCAGAGCUCUGUCGCAGUCCUUUGAGAACCUGCUAGAUGAUGCCACCUUCGGACUUAUUACGAAGUUUUCCCAGGACCCAGUCACCACUACGCUGGGUGGUUUCUCCAAGGUGACCAACUACCUGUAUGAUGCGUUCCGGGGGCCAGACACGGUGCUACUGAAGCAGAGGCCUGUCGGGGAGGUGGCUGACCUGCUGAAUGAGGCCAUACCUGGUCUGGACAUCAACCAGCUGGAGGAACCAGGCUUUGAGGUUAUCACCAGGAUUGAUCUUGGCGUGCUGCCAGCGGUCCGGCGUAGGGAGCCUGUUGGGGCGGAGGACUGGAACUCCAACAUGGACCCUGAGGGACGCAUGAGGAACAUCUCACACCUCAAACAGACCAUAUUCAAAGGGGGUCUGUGUCACGUGUUGAGGAAGGAGGGAUGGAAGUUUCUGCUGGGCUACUUCCCCUGGGAGAGCACCCUGGAGGAGAGGAGGAGUCUGACCAGGAGGAAAACGGAUGAGUACUUCCGUAUGAAGCUCCAGUGGAAGUCAGUGAGUGAGGAGCAGGAGAAACACAACAGCAUGUUUAGAGACCACAGGAGUCUAAUAGAGAAAGACGUGAACAGGACAGAUCGGACCAACACAUUCUAUGAAGGACAAGACAACCCAGGACUGAUUCUGCUGCACGAUGUCCUCAUGACCUACUGCAUGUAUGACUUUGACCUGGGCUAUGUCCAGGGUAUGAGUGACCUGCUGUCUCCGAUCCUCUAUGUGAUGGAGGACGAGGUGGACGCCUUCUGGUGCUUUGUCUCCUUCAUGGACCAGAUGCACCAGAACUUUGAGGAGCAGAUGCAGGGAAUGAAGACUCAACUGAUCCAGCUCAGCACUUUGCUACGACUACUGGACCUGUCCUUCUGGAACUACCUGGUGGCCCAGGACUCUGGUCACCUGUACUUCUGCUUCCGCUGGCUCCUGAUUCGCUUCAAGAGAGAACUGAGUUUCCCUGAUGUCCUGCGUCUUUGGGAGGUAAUGUGGACCGGGCUGCCGUGCCAGAACUUCCACCUGCUGGUGUGCUGUGCCAUCCUUGACUCAGAGAAACACCAGAUUAUGGAGGAACAAUAUGGCUUCAAUGAGAUCCUCAAGCUCAUAAAUGAACUGUCGAUGAAACUGGACAUCAGGGCCAUCCUCAACAAAGCUGAAGCUAUAUGCCUGCAGCUGAAGAGUUGUAAGGAUUUGCCCAACUCCGUGGUUGAGAUGCUUGGAUUCAACGGCACAGACACUGAGUCAUCAUCCCAGUCAGAGGACACUGAGAGAACGGACAGACCGGACUCUCCCGAACCUUCUACACCGUCAGACGACCAGCAGGACUUAGUCUCUGAGUACAACCCCAGCGGCAACAACGGACACUUACGGGACGCAGCGCGUGACGUUUACAAAUUAGCCUACAUAUCGUAGCCAGCCUGGCUAACAGUAGUCGCUCGUCCAGUGAGAGAUUUGGUUCUGGUGGCUGAGACGAGGCUCACAGCCUAGUGAAAAAGGUGGAUUGCCUCUCUCCCACCUCAAUUUUUGUAAUGAUUCUGUCUGUUAAUCAUCUAAUUUUUCUUGUUCGAGGGUGGUCUUUGAGUUUUUAGGAUAUUGUUCCUUAUUGCCCCUGACUAUAAGGUAUUUAGUGUUCAGCAGAUUGUUCCUUAUUGCCCCUGACUCCAAGGUAUUUAGUGUUCAGCAGAUUGCUCCUUAUUGCCCCUGACUAUAAGGUAUUUAGUGUUCAGCAGAUUGCUCCUUAUUGCCCCUGACCCCCAGGUAUUUAGUGUUCAGCAGAUUGCUCCUUAUUGCCCCUGACCCCCAGGUAUUUAGUGUUCAGCAGAUUGCUCCUUAUUGCCCCUGACUCCAAGGUAUUUAGUGUUCAGCAGAUUGUUCCUUAUUGCCCCUGACCCCCAGGUAUUUAGUGUUCAGCAGAUUGCUCCUUAUUGCCCCUGACCCCCAGGUAUUUAGUGUUCAGCAGAUUGCUCCUUAUUGCCCCUGACUAUAAGGUAUUUAGUAUUCAGCAGAUUGCUCCUUAUUGCCCCUGACUCCAAAGUAUUUAGUGUUCAGCAGAUUGCUCCUUAUUGCCCCUGACUCCAAGGUAUUUAGUGUUCAGCAGAUUGUUCCUUAUUGCCCCUGACCCCCAGGUAUUUAGUGUUCAGCAGAUUGCUCCUUAUUGCCCCUGACCCCCAGGUAUUUAGUGUUCAGCAGAUUGCUCCUUAUUGCCCCUGACUAUAAGGUAUUUAGUAUUCAGCAGAUUGCUCCUUAUUGCCCCUGACUCCAAAGUAUUUAGUGUUCAGCAGAUUGCUCCUUAUUGCCCCUGACUCCCAGGUAUUUAGUGUUCAGCAGAUUGCUCCUUAUUGCCCCUGACUCCCAGGUAUUUAGUGUUCAGCAGAUUGCUCCUUAUUGCCCCUGACUAUAAGGUAUUUAGUGUUCAGCAGAUUGCUCCUUAUUGCCCCUGACUCCCAGGUAUUUAGUGUUCAGCAGAUUGCUCCUUAUUGCCCCUGACUCCCAGGUAUUUAGUGUUUAGCAGAUUGCUCCUUAUUGCCCCUGACUAUAAGGUAUUUAGUGUUCAGCAGAUUGCUCCUUAUUGCCCCUGACUAUAAGGUAUUUAGUGUUCAGCAGAUUGCUCCUUAUUGCCCCUGACUAUAAGGUAUUUAGUGUUCAGCAGAUUGCUCCUUAUUGCCCCUGACCCCCAGGUAUUUAGUGUUCAGCAGAUUGCUCCUUAUUGCCCCUGACUAUAAGGUAUUUAGUGUUCAGCAGAUUGCCCCUGACUAUAAGGUAUUCAGUGUUCAGCAGAUUGCUCCUUAUUGCCCCUGACUAUAAGGUAUUUAGUGUUCAGCAGAUUGCUCCUUAUUGCCCCUGACCCCCAGGUAUUUAGUGUUCAGCAGAUUGCUCCUUAUUACCCCUGACUCCCAGGUAUUUAGUGUUCAGCAGAUUGCUCCUUAUUGCCCCUGACCCCCAGGUAUUUAGUGUUCAGCAGAUUGCUCCUUAUUGCCCCUGACUAUAAGGUAUUUAGUGUUCAGCAGAUUGCUCCUUAUUGCCCCUGACUAUAAGGUAUUUAGUGUUCAGCAGAUUGCUCCUUAUUGCCCCUGACUCCCAGGUAUUUAGUGUUCAGCAGAUUGCUCCUUAUUGCCCCUGACUAUAAGGUAUUUAGUGUUCAGCAGAUUGCUCCUUAUUGCCCCUGACUAUAAGGUAUUUAGUGUUCAGCAGAUUGCUCCUUAUUGCCCCUGACUAUAAGGUAUUUAGUGUUCAGCAGAUUGCUCCUUAUUGCCCCUGACCCCCAGGUAUUUAGUGUUCAGCAGAUUGCUCCUUAUUACCCCUGACUCCCAGGUAUUUAGUGUUCAGCAGAUUGCUCCUUAUUGCCCCUGACCCCCAGGUAUUUAGUGUUCAGCAGAUUGCUCCUUAUUGCCCCUGACUAUAAGGUAUUUAGUGUUCAGCAGAUUGCUCCUUAUUGCCCCUGACCCCCAGGUAUUUAGUGUUCAGCAGAUUGUUCCUUAUUACCCCUGACUAUAAGGUAUUUAGUGUUCAGAUUGCUCCUUAUUGCCCCUGACUAUAAGGUAUUUAGUGUUCAGCAGAUUGUUCCUUAUUACCUUGUUAAUCUUGACUGAAUCUUGUGAAUAGUCAAAUGUAAUACUGAAGUAGUUGACAUUUAAAUAGAGGUGAGGAAUGGAUAAGGUUUUAUAUAAACAGGGCUUAUUAUAUCUCACUGUAGUAUUCAGCUAAUAGGAGCCCUGCUGUAGGUGUAAUUCAAUUAUAACUAUUUCAUGAAGAUGUGGUUGUAUUAUCUCAAGGCAAGGCCCCUCUCCUCUACCAACUGAAAAUGAUUUUCUGCCCUGCAGCCUAUUGACAUGGAUUUUACACAGUGCACAAAACAUUAAGAACACCUGAUCUUUACAUAACAUAGACUGACCAGGUGAAUCCAUGACAUAGACUGACCAGGUGAAUCCAUGACAUAGACUGACCAGGUGAAUCCAUGACAUAGACUGACCAGGUGAAUCCAUGACAUAGACUGACCAGGUGAAUCCAUGACAUAGACUGACCAGGUGAAUCCAUGACAUAGACUGACCAGGUGAAUCCAUGACAUAGACUGACCAGGUGAAUCCAUGACAUAGACUGACCAGGUGAAUCCAUGACAUAGACUGACCAGGUGAAUCCAUGACAUAGACUGACCAGGUGAAUCCAUGACAUAGACUGACCAGGUGAAUCCAUGACAUAGACUGACCAGGUGAAUCCAUGACAUAGACUGACCAGGUGAAUCCAUGACAUAGACUGACCAGGUGAAUCCAUGACAUAGACUGACCAGGUGAAUGCAUGACAUAGACUGACCAGGUGAAUCCAUGACAUUGACUGACCAGGUGAAUCCAUGACAUAGACUGACCAGGUGAAUGCAUGACAUAGACUGACCAGGUGAAUCCAUGACAUUGACUGACCAGGUGAAUCCAUGACAUAGACUGACCAGGUGAAUGCAUGACAUAGACUGACCAGGUGAAUCCAUGACAUAGACUGACCAGGUGAAUCCAGGUGAAAGCUAUGAUCCCUUAUUGAUGUCACCUGUUAAAUCCUCUUCAAUCAGUGUAGAUGAAGGUGGAGGAGACGGGUUAAAGAAGGAGUGUUAAUCCUUGAGACAUGGAUUGUGUACCAUUCAGAGGGUGAAGGGUCAAGACAAAAUAUUUAAGUGCCUUUGAACGGGGUAUGGUAGUAGGCGCCAGCCGCACCAGUUUAAGUGUGUGAAGAACUGCAACGCUGCUGAAUUUUUCAACAGUUUCCGUGUGUAUUAACAAUGGUCCACCAUCCAAAGGACAUUCAGCCAACUUGACACAACUGUGGGAAACACUGGAGUCAACAUGGUCCACCAUCCAAAGGACAUUCAGCCAACUUGACACAACUGUGGGAAACACUGGAGUCAACAUGGUCCACCAUCCAAAGGACAUUCAGCCAACUUGACACAACUGUGGGAAACACUGGAGUCAACAUGAGCCACUAUCCCUGCGGAACGCUUUCGGCACCUUGUAGAGUCCACGUCCCGACGAAUUGAGGCUGUUCUGAGUGCAAACGGGGAUUGCAACUCCAUAUUAAGAAAGUGUUCCUAAUGUUUUGUCCACUCAGUGGUUUUCUAUGCCGCUGCCUAACUGACAUCUGAUUUGGUAAAAGACUGAAAGAGACAUGAUUUAUAUUGAAAAAAUGUAUUUAGUUUCUGAAUCCAUAUUGUUAAUCGUACUAGAAUGUGUGGGUUGGCAUGGUGAUAAUGUAUGUACAAGUAGUUAGAUGUCUGUUCCUCUGGACUGGAGGUUCCCAGAAGUUGCUUCAACAAACACCCAACCUUACAGCAACGUUUUUUUUUUUUUUAAAUGAUGUAGAGUUCAUGCAUAUUUUUUUUUAAAUUUGACCUGAGCCGCUAUUUUUUUAUUUUACCUUUAUUUAAAUAGGCAAGUCAGUUAAGAACAAAUUCUUAUUUUCAAUGACGGCCUAGGAACAGUGGGUUAACUUGCCUGUUCAGGGGCAGAACGACAGAUUUGUACCUUGUCAGCUCGGGGAUUCGAACUUGCAACCUUUCGGUUACUAGUCCAACGCCCCAACCAUGAGGCUACCCUGCCGCCCCAACCAUGAGGCCUUUGUCAACAUGUACAGACAGACUUACUUCCCAUGUACUCGUUUAUAUAAUCUGUUAGCUUCACUCGCCUCCCAAAACGUAGUGAAAUAAGGUUCUUGGUGUGUUGAACAUCGACACGGCUUACUUCUGUGGGGAAGAUUGUAAAGGAGUUGAUGUAGUCAUUGAUUAUGUUGCAUGAUGAAAGUCUCAGCCUUCAAGGGAUUUAUCAGAAACAGUAAUGCUGGAAGACUGUUCGUACCUGAAUCUUUCUGUGUACAGAUUUGUCUAUUGCAGCAGUUUGUACUGUAUAAAUAUUUGAUACCCCGUCUUUGACAACCAAUUAUGUUUUGAAAUCUUUUAAAGAAGCUGAAUUUCAUGA